AUGGAGCAUGAGAAGAAAGUGGAGCAAGUAAGAAGGCUUGAGAUGAAGAGAGCUGACUAUGUCAAAACCGAAAAGGCAAAGAAAUAUGUUGAGAAGCUGAUGUGUAUGUGGAGGAGAAUGUAUGAGAGCCAUCAAGUUCAAACUCAUAUAGUUCAACAGCUUAAGUACCUCAAUACCAUUCCUUCCACUGAACCAAAUUCAGAGCUUCACAGACAAUCAUCUUUCCAGCUUGAGCUUGAGAUCCAACAAUGGCAUCACUCUUUCUGCAACUUAGUCAAGGCUCAGCGUGACUACAUACAGUCACUUACCGGCUGGCUUAGGCUAAGUCUCUUCCAGUUCAGCAAGAAUCCACUUGUCAGGAGUAGCUACAAGUCAAAGAUAUACAGCUUCUGUGAGGAGUGGCAUUUAGCUAUCGACAGGAUCCCUUAUAAAGUAGCAUCUGAAGGGAUCAACAGGUUUUUAACCGCAGUUCAUGGAAUAGAGGCCCAGAAAGGUGAGGAGCAUAAGCAGAAGAAGAAAUUAGACUCAAUGUUGAAGGACUUUGAGAAGAAAGCAACUUCACUGAGAGCGUUGGAGAGUAAGUAUAGUCCAUACUUUGUGCCUGAGAGCAGGAACAAGAAUCAUGUGAUUGAGAAGAGAGCAAAGGUUGAGUUCUUGAAAGUGAAAGCAGAAGAAGAGAAGAGUAAGCAUGAGAAGGCAGUGAGUGUGACUAGAGCCAUGACUUUGAAUAAUUUGCAGAUGGGUUUCCCUCAUGUGUUUCAGGCAAUGGUUGGGUUUUCAAGUGUGUGUAUGCAAGCGUUUGAGUCUGUAUACAAUCAAGCUAAGUUCAUUGGUGAGGAGGAGCAAAAGAAGGUCAAGAGGUUGCUUCCUUAG